GGAUGCGGCUUUGUGUGUCCCCCCCCUCAAAUGCUCUUUGCUUUGCUCCCAGCGCUCCGCAUACCCGAGAAAGCAGCAGCGCACAAAGCCCGGAGCUGCUCCCGAUCCGUGCAUGUGCUUUAGUUUGUGUGUGUGUAUGUGUGUGUGUGUGUGUGUGUAUGUGUGUGUGUGUGAGUGAGUGCGGUGUGUGCGAGUGGCGUUUCUUGUUCUCUUGCAGGGUACAAUGUUAAAAAGCCACCGCUAGUCGCCCCCAGUGCUCCUACUCUCUGGAUCUUUUUGUCUCUAGUGCAGAUUAAACGUCACGUCCGCACUUGAACUUGAAUUUUAUCCCAUUGUACAGAGGCAGCCCCAGCCAUAGAGAGACAGAGCGCUCCCAGAGAACCAGGACUCCGCCAUCUUCACAUUGCAAUAUAUAAUAGUAAUAGCCAGCACCAGCCCAGCUGCACUGGGGGCUUCCUUCCUUCCAGUCCCAGCGCCAGGCGAGGGGGGAAGAGUGCAAAGUGGUGCAGGAGCACGGGCAAUCCUAAAGCACCAGGGCAGAGCAGUGCCACUUGAACUGGGAAAGAGGAGACACAGUUUUGGCUGCCCCUUUUCAAACAAAUUUCUCUCUAGAUUAUUUACCCAGCAAGGGUCAAUCUCUGAGAAACAUUUUAUUUUAUUUUUUAUUUUUUUUGGCAAUUUUUUUUUUUUUUUGGCUGUGUGGGCAAGUCCCAAUUUCAGUACUUUUUUAAAAAAAUUCUUUUUUUAUUAUUAUUCCUGAUUUUUUUUUGCUUUUUAAUUUUUUAAAAUUUUUUUUAUUAUUUUUUAUUAUUAUUAUUUUUUAACCCUCCUGGUGGAAAAGCGCACUUUGCCAAUUUGCCAAGCACUCUGGAAACAGAGGGAAAAGAGAAAAGUGUACUGGCGGUGCACAUCCUCCCAAGUUCAAGAAGAGGUUCGGAAGUCCGAGUGGCAGAAGCAGUGGAGAAAAGACAGAGUGUGAAAGAGAAAAAACAAAAAAGAGCGAGAGAGCUUUUCCCGAUGAUGAUGAUGAUGAUGAUGAUGAUUUUUAAUUGAAAGGAGAUCCCAUCCAGUGCACCACAACAGCAGCAAAAAGGUGUUUUUGUGUUUUUUUUUCUUUCCUUUUUUUUUUUUAAAUUUAAUUUUAUUUUUUGAAAGAAGAAGAACUCGAUCGAGAAGAAGAAGAAAAGACGCAAAAAAGCAAGAGGAGGAGGACCGGCCCCCAACGCAGCCCCCAGACCAGUGCAGCUCUCCAGGCGAUGCCAGUGUAAAUGCCAGGGCAAUGUCCCGUCGCAAGCAGGGAAACCCGCAGCACUUGUCACAAAGAGAGAUUAUCACACCAGAGGCUGACCAUGUGGAACCGGCACUCGCCGACGAGGAUGAGAGCCUGGCAAUAGCAGAGCCGGGUGGCAUCAGCAUCGCUGCAGGUGGGACAGACCCCGACUUGUUAACCUGUGGACAGUGUCAGAUGAACUUCCCGCUGGGAGACAUCUUGGUUUUUAUAGAGCACAAAAGAAAACAGUGCAAUGGCACUGGUGGUGUCUGCUAUGAAAAAAGCAUGGAUAAGAGCAGCCCUCCCCCCUCCUCACGCGCCGAGCUCAGGAAAGUGUCAGAGCCAGUGGAAAUCGGGAUCCAAGUCACACCCGAUGAAGAAGACCGUCUUCUCACGCCUACAAAAGGAAUUUGCCCCAAGCAGGAGAACAUUGCAGGGCCGUCCAGGCCUGCAAACCUGCCGGGGGCUCCCAUAGCUGCCUCCUCCCACCCUCACACAUCCGUCAUCACGUCACCUCUCCGCGCACUGGCCUCUCUCCCGCCCUGCCUUAGCCUGCCCUGCUGUGGUGCACGUGCAGUCUCAGUUGGCGGGACUCAGACUGAGAUUCAGACUGAGACGUCAGGUACAUUUGGAUGUCAUUGUCAGUUGUCAGGUAAAGAUGAGCCUUCAAGCUAUAUUUGCACAACAUGCAAGCAGCCUUUUAAUAGCGCUUGGUUCUUGCUUCAGCAUGCCCAGAACACACAUGGAUUCCGCAUCUACCUGGAAACAAGCCCUUCCAACAGUUCCCUUACUCCACGCAUCACCAUCCCACCUCCUCUGGGACCAGAGACUGUUGCACAGUCCCCGCUGAUGAAUUUCCUUGGAGACAACAACCCUUUCAAUCUUCUGCGGAUGACAGGACCCAUCUUGCGUGAACAUCCUGGCUUUGGUGAGGGUCGGCUCCCAAACACGCCUCCUCUAUUCAGCCCACCACCUCGUCAUCAUCUGGAUCCACAUCGCCUUAGUGCCGAAGAAAUGGGGUUAGUUGCCCAGCAUCCCAGUGCCUUUGACAGAGUUAUGCGUUUAAACCCCAUGGCAAUUGAGUCCCCUGCGAUGGAUUUCUCCAGAAGGCUUCGAGAGCUGGCAGGAAACAGUUCCACCCCUCCGCCAGUCUCGCCCAGUCGCACCAACCCUAUGCAUCGCCUGUUGAAUCCUUUCCAGCCAAGUCCUAAAUCACCUUUUUUGAGCACCCCACCACUGCCCCCCAUGCCCCCAAGCAGCACUACGCCUCCCCAGCCUCAGGCCAAGAGUAAGUCCUGUGAAUUCUGUGGGAAAACCUUCAAGUUCCAGAGCAACCUUAUUGUCCACCGGCGUAGUCACACAGGAGAAAAGCCCUACAAAUGUCAGCUAUGUGACCAUGCUUGCUCCCAAGCCAGCAAGCUAAAGCGUCACAUGAAAACGCAUAUGCAUAAAGCUGGCUCCAUGACAGGCAGGUCAGACGAUGGACUGUCGACCACAAGUUCUCCUGAGCCAGGCACGAGCGAGCUCACUGGAGAGGGACUGAAAUCCAGUGAGACAGACUUCAGGAAUGAAAGUGAUCCCUCUCUGGGCCAUGACAAUGAAGAGGAGGAAGAGGAGGAGGAGGAGGAAGAGGAACUGGAGAAUGAGAGCAGGCCAGAGUCAAGCUUCAGUAUGGACUCAGAGCUGAGUCGUAACCGAGAAAACGGUUCCAAAUCACUGCCAGAUGAGAAAUCCCUUGUCCUGGGAAAAGUGAUUGAGAAUGUAAGUCUCGGUGCCAUCCAGCAAUACAAUGACAUGCUAGCUGAGAAACAGAAGAGGAGUAGCUUCAUGAAAAGGUCUUCUGACCAACGAGACCUGUGUCCACGAGAUCUCUGUCCGAGAGACACAGGUGAUGAAGACUCGGUGGUAGGAGAGCUGGACCGCACUGAGGAGGGGACUGUCAAUGGAAGAAACUUUGGCCCAGGUGAGCCCUUCCCAAACUUGUUCCCUCGGAAGCCAACACCUAUCACAAGCCCCAGCUUAAACAACUCAUCUAAACGAAUAAAAGUUGAGAAAGAUUUGGACUUGCCACCAGCAACAAUAAUACCUUCUGAAAACGUUUACUCCCAGUGGCUGGUAGGGUACGCAGCAUCAAGGCACUUCAUGAAGGAUCCGUUUCUAGGAUUCACAGACUCCCGACAAUCUCCCUUCGCCACUUCUUCCGAGCACUCGUCGGAGAAUGGGAGCCUGCGUUUCUCCACCCCGCCGGGGGACAUGCUGGAUGGGGGGCUCUCAGGGCGCAGCGGCACGGCCUCCGGAGGCAGCACCCCCCACAUCAGCGGUCCAGGCCCUGGGCGACCCAGCUCGAAGGAAGGGCGCAGGAGCGAUACAUGUGAGUACUGUGGCAAGGUCUUUAAGAACUGCAGCAAUUUGACGGUGCACCGUCGGAGCCACACUGGAGAGCGGCCUUACAAAUGCGAGCUCUGCAACUAUGCAUGUGCCCAGAGCAGUAAGCUGACGCGUCACAUGAAAACGCAUGGCCAGAUAGGGAAGGAGGUCUACCGCUGCGAGAUUUGUAAGAUGCCUUUUAGCGUGUACAGUACCCUGGAGAAACACAUGAAAAAAUGGCAUGGAGAACAUUUGCUGACAAAUGAUGUCAAAAUUGAGCAGGCAGAAAGAAGCUAAGGCCCCCCUCCCCUCCCCCACUAGGUUAAAUUUCAGGGGUCUAGGUAACAUUUUAUUUGUACAGUUUUAACUAUUGCCAACUGAGAAAAGAUUACCUAACUUGCCUCCGUAAACAUUACUUAGCAUAACUAUGGUAGGUGCCAGACUUUGGCACUUAAAUAUAACCUGUGUCUACAAAGUUCUAUUAAACCCAAGGGUUGAUUAAGGCAGUAAAAAUUGUGGAGCCUUUUAACUGUGCAAUAAUUUCUGUAUUUAUUGGGUUUUUGUAAUUUUUUGGCAUGUGCAGGUACUUUUUUUUAUUCUUUCUGUUUAAAUUUCUUUUAAAUUUUGUUGGGUAUCCCUUUUUAAUUUUACCCAGUCGUAGCCUGAGAUUACUUGCAUUGUAGGGGAGAAACAUAUCUUUUUAAAUUAUAAUUUUUGGGCCGCUGCUUUGUUGAAAUUUAAGCUAAGCAUGUGUAAUUUCUUGUGAAGAAGCCAGCAUUUUAACAGAUUUUUCUUUCUUUCGCCCCUCCUCCCCCUUCUUUUUCCAUUCCUCUUUUUAAAUAACCCUGAAGAUUAGGGAAAACAAAAUUGUACAGCGGAUAACAAUCUUUAAAAUUAGCACUUUCUUUUGGAAUUGGAUGGAAUAUGUAGCACUGACAAUGUCACUAAUGAUAGAGGCCUUUUCUAGAUGGAUUUCAACCUUAAAAUCAUGUCAGCUAAAAAGUCAUAGGUGCAAAAGGCAGCUACAUUCAAAAAACAAAACAAAGCAAAACAAAACAAACAAUAACAUUCUUAAUUGUGCAUUAUUAUUGGAUAGUUUCUUCUUGCUAUUAAAGCUAUGGCAACAGAAUGGUGCCACAUUGUCACUUUGGGGGUCUUUCCCUCUCUCUUGCCACUCUUCCCAGAGACAAUAGAAGUACAUCUUGUGUAUGGUAGCAUUCUCAGAGGAGCCAGGUUUUUCAUUUUAAACCUCAUAAACACAAAGCUGAGCCUAGGCCGUCUGUAUGUGCCUCUCCUCUAGUCCAAAUAUGCUGUAGUUAAAAGAAUUAGUAGAGGCUUGAGCAAGUGGCAAUUUCUCAAUGAAAAGACUUGACUCACAGUCUUUUGGUUUAUGAAUGGAAAUAUCAAAACUAUCUUAUAUGAUGUACAAUGGUGUUAUGCUACUAUAAGGAAGGAAAAAAAAAUUCUAGUCCAUCUACUUGUCUCGGCAAGAUUCUGCUCCUACUGAAGUCACUAAGAAUUUUCCCAUUGACUUAAUUAGGAACAGAAGUUAAUUGUAUUUUGAGAAAAGCAUCAAAACAGAAAAAAAGUAAAGAACAGAAAAAUGCACCUGCUCUACUUUCAAAUUUCCUUUUUUUUUUUUUUUUCAAAGCUCAUUAUGCCUAAUAUUAACAAACAGUGAACAAACAGUGGACAAUUAUGGUUAGAGAUUUUAAUUAUGUUGACCCGCACUUUAAAGCUUUUGUUUGUGGUUAAGACAAAAAUGGCUUCUCAACAAGAAAUUAUGUCAUAUUCUUCUAUUUGGCCCAAAGGUGGGUUAAACUGUAAGGGAACAGCUGAGAUUAAGUGUCAGUGUUGCUAAGCAUGGCAUUCACAAUACUGGCACUAUAAAGAAAAAUAAAUAAAAAUAAUUUAUUGGACAGUUUUUCUACUGCCAUUCAAUUUGACGUGAGUGCCUUGAAAACUGAUCUUCCUAUUUGAGUCUCUUGAGACAAAUGCAAAAUGUUUUUGUGAAAUGAAAAGACUUUAAAAAAAAAGAAAAAAAGUAAAACAAGAAAAGUACGUUCUUUAGAAAAAAAGAGCCACAUUUACUUAAAAAAAAAAUAAAAAUAAAAAUUACUGGUUGAAGAUAGUGGACGUGAAAAUGCCAUAAGACCCAAUCAAAUGAAGAUGUAUACCCAGCACAACUUCGGACAUCCAUUAGCUGAAUUAUUCUCAGCUUUUUUUUUUUUUUCAGGACAACGCUGCUUAGGAAAUGGAAUGGAAAUGAUUUACUGCUGAAUUAAAACUCAAAUGACACAAAUUACAAGUUGUUAUCAUUGAAUGAGAAAAAAAAACAAUUCAGGAACAACGGCUAAUUUUUUUUUUUUAAAGUUAAAUUUAGUGCACUCUGUCUUAAAAUACGUUUACAGUAUUGAAUACAUACAAGGGUAAAAAAGAAAUUGUGUGUAUGUGUGUUUGAGCAAUCUUUUUUUUUUUCAAAGUUUGCUUAAUAGGUUAUUAAAAAAAAAAUGCCAUAAUGGCCAUGUGUAUAUUGUUUUCUUUUGGUGACGGGGUUUUAGUAUAUAUUAUAUAUAUUAAAAUUUCUUGAUUACUGUAAAAGUGGACCAGUAUUUGUAAUAAUGGAGAAUGCCUGGGCAUUUUACAAAACCAGAAAGAAAAAAUAACAAAAAAUAACAAAAAAAGCAAAAAAAAAACAAAAAAAAAACACCUUUUCUUUUUUCCUUGAAAAUGUUGCAGUAAAAUUUAAAUGGUGGGUCUAUAAAUUUGUUCUUGUCACUGUAACUGUAAAGUCUUGAGUUUUAGUAAAUUUUUUUCUGCCUUGGGUGUUGAAUUUUUAUUUCCAAAAUGUAUAGAAUCUCGUAUUCGGGGAUUACAAGGUGAUUGCUACACCAAGUAGAAAAAGUAUGUAGAAAAAAGUGCUUAAUAUUGUUAUUGCUUUGCAGAAAAAAAGAAAAAAAAAAAUCACGUUUCUGACCUGUACCUAUUUUUCUCUUUUUUUCUUCCCCCCAUCCCCAUUCCCUUCCCCUUCUGGAAUGGAUAUUGAUAUUGGUUGAUUCAUAUGAUGUAGG